AUGGAACUACCGCAGGGUACUAAGGUACAAGCGAAGUACAUCUGGAUCGAUGGAACCGGCGAAUAUCUGCGCGCCAAAACGAGAACUAUGGACGCAGAGCCCAAAGGCGUAGAAGACUUGCCGGUGUGGAACUUUGAUGGCUCGUCAACAGAGCAAGCUAUCGGCGACGACUCCGAUGUGUAUCUCGUGCCGGUCGCCAUGGUUCCGGAUCCAUUCCGUCGUGGACCUAAUAAACUGGUCCUGUGCGAAACAUAUACAAAUAAAAAGGAGCCAACAAGAACGAAUCAUCGGAGGCGAUGUGAGGAAGUGAUGAAGACAGUGGCUGAUGAAAAACCAUGGUUUGGAAUGGAGCAGGAAUAUACGCUGUUGGAUGCAGAUGGAUAUCCAUUUGGCUGGCCAAAACACGGCUAUCCGGCUCCACAAGGUCCCUUUCAU